GUCAGCACCAAUGAGUUGCUACUUGCAAAGGGUGGGGUUAGGAGUGCUGCUGCGUUCUGCCCUUUGCGGCCAAGGGAAAGAGCAGGCGGUCUGGGUGCUGGCUUGGAGCCAGCCAUGCAGCAGCCUGGGCGUGAGGGGCUGAGGCUGCGCGCUCGGGUCUGUUCUCACUGAGCGGUUGGGGGGGAGGAUGAGCCAGAGAGCAAGCCCACAAUGACAGCUGAGCCCUGGCUGCAGGCAAGCCAGGGAUGAUCUAGAAAGGCCUGGCCCUGACCCUCUUGGACAGAUGUCAUUCCAGCAUGGGGGCACCAUCAGAGUUGUCUCAGUGGCAAGGACCUGAGCCGAUAUACAAUGAUGUGAAGACUCAGCACUGCAGACAGCUGUGAGGGUGCAGGAUGGAGGAGAUGGUCUGCAUGCGAGGGUCUGAGCUGGGAUUCGGGUCGGGAAACAGUAUUGGCAGAGAUUGAGCCUGACUUGGGCUAGGUGGUCCGCAUUUCCUGUGAGAUGUCUGGGUAGUGGCGGCACUGUACUGGGGGUGGGCCCCGGGCUGAGGAGCGAGGACUGGGCAGGGGAGCUGAGGGGUCCAGCUGGAGGAGGCGGGAGACCAAGGCCAGGAAGGGGCAAGCUGUCGACUCUGGGCUCUCCAUCCCUGGCAUUCAUCCAGGAAGAGGAUGAGGCCAGAGAUACAACCCACACCCAAGAUGACUUCUGGAACUGCUCACUAGUGGGAUUGGCUGGGAAGCUUUCAUCACUUGGAAAUCUGCACCAGAAAUGAUUUGAAACAUUUCAAUUGAGUCUUGGCUUUUGGUCCCCAUGCAGGAUGGCACGGUUACCAUGCUGCAUGGUACUGUGGCUGAGUCAGCUCAUUUCAGCCCAGGGAAUGGGACACGAAGAGUGUCCAGUGCUCCCUUCCCUGCUCGUCCUAGCAGCCAACAGAGAUGAAUUCUACCACAGGCCAUCCAAAUUAGCCAGCUUUUGGGGGGACAACAAUGAGAUCCUCAGCGGGCUCGACAUGGAGGAAGGGAAGGAAGGCGGGACAUGGCUCGGCAUCAGCACACGGGGCAAGCUGGCAGCGCUCACCAACUACCUGCAGCCACGGCUGGACAGGGACGCCCGGGGCAGAGGUGGACUGGUCACCCACUUCCUGACCACAGACAUAGACAGCUUGUCCUACCUGAAGAAGGUCUCCAUGGAGGGGCACCUGUACAACGGCUUUAACCUGAUAGCAGCGGAUUUAAGCACGACCAAGGGAGAUGUUGUCUGCUACUAUGGAAACCGAGGGCAACCUGAGCCUGUCGUCCUGACACCAGGCAUCUACGGGCUGAGCAACGCACUGUUGGACACGCCCUGGAGGAAGCUGAGCUUCGGGAAGCAGCUCUUCCAGGAGGUUGUGGAGCAGAGCCAGGCUCUGUCCAAGGACGCCCUCAUUGCCCAGCUCCUUGACGUGCUUAACAACGAGGAAGCACAACUGCCAGACCCGGCCAUCGUGGACCAGGGCAAGGAGUAUGUGCAGCCCAUUCUGAGCAAGUACGCGGCUGUGUGUGUGCGCUGCCCAGACUAUGGCACCAGAACCAACACGGUCAUCCUCGUGGACGCGGAAGGCCACGUGACCUUCACAGAGCGCAGCAUGCUGGACAAGGACCCCACCUGCUGGGAGACCAGCACCUACGAGUUCAAGCUACAGAGCUAACCCCACCCCAGGCAGGGCAGGCCCAGACAGGACCCUCCACAAACACACUGCACUGCCCAUGAGAGACUUGGGCAUCGUCCCCAGGACCAGGGCCCUCUGAUUUGUGUACUGCCUGUCUGUGUCACCAUGCCCAACUUGGGAACUGCCCUUAUGCCAAAUGGGGAGUGACAGUGUCUGACACCCAGGUCUACGACAGGCACAGCUAUGCUAUGCAUAUAUGAAUGCGCCUGGGCCUGCCCCCAGGCACAUGCUCAUUCAGCCAUACACACACACACGCACGCACGCACACACACACGCACACACACACGCACACACACGCACACACACAAGGCAUACAUGCACACACAUCACAUCCUCACAGAUGACAUGCACACGAGUACACACUCAUGCAUUCACAUGCAUGGGCACACACACACACGUGCCGAUGAAGUGGAGCCAUGCCUCUCAUACCACACAUGCUUUGAUCAGUGGAUAUUUGCUUUAGUCAAGAUGACAGGAGAAAACUUUUGUCUAAAGGUAGCCCUUCCUCCUGGGCAUGCAGGACACAUGCGUGACUCAAUUUUUGACAACCAGACCUGCUCUGAGAGAGGAGACCUGGGCCAUGUUUGGAGUGAGGCAUCAGGAAGGAAGACCCAAGAAAAACCCACUCUCAACAACAGCACAGCCUGGUUGGGGGAUCCCCCAGCCUUAUGUGCUCUGGGUGGUCCUGUGUGUUCCAGGUGGUUCCGUGUGCUCUGGGCGGUCCUGUGUGUUCCUGCAGUUCCGUGUGCUCUGGACAGUCCCGUGUGUGCCCUUGCAGUGCCCAGGACACCCCUCCAGCCUCUCACUCAGGCGUCUUGUUGUUCAAGUCGGGGUUGUGUGUUCUGAGUCAGGCUUGUCUCACCAAGAGGACACAUCCAGCCCGUGCCAUUUCCCUUCUUGGAGAGCUGAACUUCACUGACAUCUGAACUUCAUCGGAACGGGUACCUGAAUGCAAGAUAUUGAUAAUAAAACUUUGAUUGAGGCUGUGCUGAGUACAUGGAUUUCAGAGUCCUUCACAUGUGUGACUGGUAAAGCUGGAGCAAUUUUGUGCAAGGGGACAGUUCUCCCAUAUGUGCCUUGUUGUCCUCCUGUCCUGGCAGCCCCAAGGGGUCUCCCUGCCUGUGGGAGCUCCUUCUGCAGGCACAGGUGCCCUGUCCAAGGCCCUGUCUACUUUCUCCUUGUGGCCUCCUGAGCACUGUGAUGGAAGUCAGCAGGUCAGUCUGUCCAUCUGCCCGUCUGUACUUGGUUAGAGGCUGAGUGCUAGAGAGCUCAUGUGCAUGGGGCAUGGUAGGUGGCUGGUUACAAGGCAAGCCAUCCUACCACCAGGGCCUCCUGUGCUUAGCUGAGGAGCCAGAGGUCUCUCCGAGUGGCAUUGGGGGGGCCCCACGAGGAUCCUCGGGAGGGAGGAAUGUGGCCAGGCUUAUAUUCCCGGUGGACCAAGAGGUGAGAGGAUGGAGGGAAGGGGGGGAUUUGAGAGCCAUAGGGCAAGUAAAGUCUGUGUCUCAGCCCCCCCGAAUCCCUGGUUUUGGGUAGGCAUUGGGGGCUCCCAUACCAGCCCUGGCCAAGCAUAAGGGGUCUCACGUUUCCAAUGCUGAGCCCCAGACCCCCCUCCCUCUCAGCAGCAGUUGCCGAGUGGGCCUUCUUAGGCCAUGAGCAUGGGGUGGGGUGGGACCUGCACCCUUGGGUAAGAGGAAUUGCUGGUCCAUCUGGAGAGGAGGUGGGGGGUAGGCUUGUCUCCUCACCUUUCCCCCUUCAGGCCCUGAUACCCUCCUUGGCUCACUUUUUUUUCUUUUAGAUUAAUGCAUUUAUUCCAAGUAAUUAAUACAUUAAAAAUAAAGUUAAAAUUGUCCAAGCCAAUGCAUGAACUCUUUAAUCUUUCUAACAAAAUGUGCAACCCAAAACACCACACUAUGAUAGAAAUAA